AGCCUAUUCCUAAGACGCAUGAAAACAAUGGUGGUAUAAAUGGGUUAUUUAUGUAAUAAAGAUCCAUCGAAAUGAAUCCCUAACUGGAGAUUCUCAUAUGAUGGUGAGCUUAGCUAUAUUGAAACUUUGUACUAUGACUUGAGAGAUGAGUUACCCAUGUUUAACUUCAUUUGAAAAAAAGAAUUUAACUAAAUCUAACAUCAAUUGGGCGUUUGGUCUAGUGGUAUGAUUCUCGCUUUGGGUGCGAGAGGUCCCGAGUUCGAUUCUCGGAACGCCCCUCAAAUUCAUUUUAUUUCAAUUUUGAUGAUUUUCUCUGUAAAUUUGAGUACAGUUUUGGGCCUGCUUGUUAACAGGCUGCAAUUACAAGUGGGGAUCCUAUGGACCAUCAGAACAAGUCACUGGCCCGUUCUUUUUAAUGCAGGCCCAAUAACCCAACGCUGUAAGCUCACCUACGGCCCAAUCAAAGCCAAACAUUUUGAUGCAAUGCUUCCUGUCGCGUUUGUCUGUCGAAACUCGAAGGUCUCCGAUUACACCUUUCACUCUUUCAGUAGUUCAGCUUCUCGUCACAGUCUCCUUCCUUCCUCACUGUUCCAGAUUUGCCGAGCAGAAAAGGAAUUCCAAAUCCCCGGCGCUUUUAGCUCUAAGAUCCUCUGCAUUGUUCUCUUUCACUCGUUCAUCUUUCUGAUUACAAGAGGUGGAAAGAAAGGCGUGGCUUUUUGCUCCUCAUCUUCCUGCUUUUUUUUCUCUCGGCGACCCGUUAAUUUUCCAGCUAAUGGCUUCCUCGACGGCGGGAGCUACGGAGAGAAGAGGGAUACCGGGAGCUCAGUUCGUGGAAGAUGUGGAGACUUAUCUAACCCAAUCUGGACUCGAUGUCAACUCUGCCCUUUCCUUCCUUCAAGAAAGGCUUCAGCAGUAUAGAGUUGUGGAGAUGAAGCUCCUUGCCCAGCAACGGGAUCUUCAGGCGAAGAUCCCUGAUAUUGAGAAAUGCUUGGACGUGGUAUCCACUUUGCAGUCUAAGAAGGGUACUGGUGAGGCACUUAUUGCUGACUUUGAAAUUGCUGAAGGCAUCUACUCGCGUGCUUCCAUUGAUGAAAGUGACUCGGUUUGUUUAUGGCUGGGAGCAAACGUGAUGUUGGAGUAUUCUUGUGAAGAGGCCACUGCCCUGCUGCAGAAGAAUUUAGAGAAUGCUAAAGCUAGUUUAGAAGUCCUUAUUGCUGAUUUGCAGUUCCUGAGGGAUCAGGUCACUAUAACACAGGUCACAGUCGCCCGGAUCUAUAAUUGGGAUGUUCAUCAGCGUCGAUUGAGACAAGCCACUGGCGCGGCUAAAGACCUGUGAGCCACGGACCAUCAAGAGUUGUGGACCAUCAGCAUAGAUUGAGACAAGCCUUCAUGUCCGAAUUUGAAAAAUGACUUCUCUUUGUGGUUUGUGAGGAUUUGCUUCGGAUGAGUUUGCCGUCUUGUCUCCACAUCUACAACCCUUGUUCCACAUCCCAGCCCAGUGUAGCAUCUAUUUUUGAGGUAGAAGCAACUCCCUGGAUCUUUAGGGGCAGUUUUGGUGCAUGAAAGGAUCUCUUGCCUGAGGUUUAAGAUGUGUUUGAGUGAGCUCUAGGCACUGAACAAGAAUCUGGAGCUAAUUUAUGUUUGUGGAAUUUGACGAUUUGAAAACAGCCCGAAUAGGAUGAAUCUGAAUUCUUCAAGAUGUGAUCUGGGAGCCUUUGUAGAUGCAAGGCGCAGAGCUUGAAUGAGUAAACAGCAACUCAUUUGUGUUCGUUCAGCUGUCAGUCACUCUAUUUGUGCUAUUAGAGGUUGCACUUACUCGAUUUGAGUCGGUCCACAUCCCUAUCAGGCAGUUUAGCCGUUUAACUUCUCUCCCUCGAUUUGACUGGGUGCUUUCUACACGAAUCAAGCUGCAGCAUUUGGUUCCCCAAUUCAAAGACAAAGCAACUUUAAUUGGCUUGGGUUCACUAGUUAACCCACCGUCACCAACGUCAAUCUGUCAAAAUGUCUCUUCGAAAGACUUAGUCAGAUAAAAUCUCCCUUGAUUUGGGGAACGGUUGUUCCCGCGUGAAUCCAGUUGUGAUAGUUGAUUCUACUGUUCAUGAUCACGAGGCUGUCUGCUCAACCCGAGUGGAGCCCCAACAUAAACUUCAGCUAUUACAUUUGUUCCUUUGAGCAACGAGUCAGGACAGGCCGAUCCAAUCGAAUCCAUCUAGACCCACGAACUAGUAGACCGGCAUGGUACAUAAGGUGAUAUCAGCAUCCUCACAUCUAGUCAAAAGGUCAUAAUCCUGAAUCAAGAAAAGAAUAUGUUCCUGAUGGGGAUGCAGCACGCUGCAUAUGUCCGUCUGAGUUAUCUGCUCCAUGGUGAAGACUUUUUGGUGCAUCCAUGGCUGGGAAUCUCUCCCAUCUAUCUCCCUUUUUCAUCAGACUUCCUCAGAUGAACAGGUUGCAUUCAUACUAACUACUGCUGCUGUGCUGCUACUACUACCACGUUUGGGAACCGAAAGUGAGAAUAUGAAAGCUAGCUAUAGGUCGAGGAAAAGACGAGAGAGAGAGCCAGCAAAAGAUGGUUGGGAAGAAAGCCGUCCAUUUUUGUCAGCAGACACAGACAAAACCCAACUGCCAAAUUUUUCUCUCUUAAAAGAGGUAGCUGAUGAACAGGCACAGCCACCUUUGACAUUUUCGGCUUCUUUCUUGGCCUUGUUGGAUGCCUCCUCGCAUUUAUAUGUGCUACAUUUUUUGGCCAUCGUCUGACAAUUUUAGCUGGUUUCCAACCUGUUACUAUCCUGUUUAUACCUUUCUAUUUAUACCUGUUUCCAACCACACCUUUCUCAUGUACAAUUAUUUGAUAGAGCCAUGGACGAGUUCAUACCAAUCACUCGAGUUGUUGGAAGCGUUUAAGCGAAUUUUUAUGUCGUUCACUUAUAUAUAUUACAUCUUAAACAAAAUUUCAUACAUUAAGAUUGAAGUUUGCACAAGUUCGUUGUGAUUUAUACUUAUAUCAACGUAAUUGUCAAUAAAAGAAUCUUACAAUUGUAUUACAUGUGUUAGAGUACAGAGGCAAAGCACAAGUACAACUAAUCUUCGAACAUGAAGAUCUCAGAUUUGAAUCCCUUAAACACCAUGUAACACUAAAAAAUUAUACAUAUAUCACCCUCGUAAAAAAAGAAGUUAAGCGUGAGUACUAGCUAGUAGCUAGCAUAUAAUUUGUCAUAGAAUUGCAUCCUUGAUUAAAGUCAUAGAAGUUCGAGAUUUUCCAUUAAUUUCUUUGUCGAUUAAUCAAAAUCAAAGACUUAA